CGCAGCGAUGACGGCUACAGCGGUGGCCUCCCCGGAGGGCCCCCGGGAAUGUGGCUGCAGGGGCGUCCGGACCUGUCUGAUUUGCGAGCGGCAGCGCGGGAGUGACCCGCCCUGGAGGCACGCCCCACAGGAAACCCACCGUUUCAUUUACUUCUCUGAGACCGGCUGGGCAGUGGGGGCCGAGGAGUCUGACUUUGCAGGCUGGGCCUUUCCCUUCCCGGGGGUGACCCUGAUUGAGGACUUUGUGACCCCAGAGGAAGAAGCCAACAUGGUGCAGUUGAUGGACCAGGAACCCUGGAAGCUCUCACAGUCUGGUCGGAGGAAGCAGGACUACGGCCCCAAAGUCAACUUCCGAAAACAGAAGCUCAAGACCGCCGGCUUCAGUGGCCUUCCCAGCUUCAGCCGGGAGCUGGUGCAGAGAAUGAGCCUCUACCCUGUCCUCGAAGGCUUCCAGCCCGUGGAGCAGUGCAACCUGGACUACUGCCCCGAGCGGGGCUCGGCCAUCGAGCCCCACCUGGAUGACACCUGGCUGUGGGGAGAGCGGCUGGUGAGCCUCAACCUGCUGUCCCCCACCGUGCUGUCCAUGUCCCGGGAGACUCCAGGCAGUCUGCUAUUGGGCCUGGACCCGACUGGCUUCCCGGAGCCCUUGGUGGAAGGCGUGAUGGCGCCCAGCAGGUCCGUGCUGUGCCAGGAGGUGGAGGUGGCCGUGGCCCUACCCCGCCGCUCCCUGCUGGUGCUCAGUGGGGCAGCGCGGCACCAGUGGAAGCACGCCAUCCACCGCAGGGACAUCGGGGCGCGCCGUGUGUGCACCACCUUCAGGGAGCUGUCGGCCGAGUUCUGUUCUGGUGGGCGGCAGCAAGAACUGGGGCAGGAGCUCCUGCAGCUCUCUCUCUCCUUUCAAGGGAGACCCGUGUGAACUUUUCCCUGGGGACAGUUGCUGGCGCUGGGCCUGGCCAGGGCCGCCAGCUCCAGCUGACCAUUCACCAGGAUUGACAGGGGAGCUCAGCACCAGAGCCUUUUCUCCCAGCCCAGGAGGCUUUACGAAAAAAGAGCCCGACGCCCUGACACCAUGGCAGUGCCAGCCCUGCUGGGGAGACGGCGCUGAUGGGAACACACCUCAGAUCAGUCCCCUUCACCGGACCUUGGCCGCUUGUCUGGGUUGUCACAGUUGGAGGGAAGUGGGUCAUUUGAGUUUAAAAAUGUUGGUAUUUAAAACCAUCUUCUGCUUUAUUCGUCACGCCUAAUGAGGUUCCCCAGUACCCGACCUGUAGACUCGAGUGGCAUGUAGCCUGGUGAAGAGAGCCGAUAGAAGAUUGGAAGUGACUCUUAUUCCAGACUGCAGAGCUGGUGCCCUCAGGCUCACCUGGGACAUGCCUGACUUCACGGGGUGGGGAUGCAAUGAGGACAGGAACAGCUCCUGCCACCUGGUGCCCCUCCCCGCAUAGUGCUGUUGAAAAGGGAAAGAAGUCUCGACUCCCAGGCCUGCUCAAGGUAGUUUACUGUCUCGCGCUACACUGUGUGGGGUGCGCACCUGCUGCCAGGUGAGGCACAGGGAGAUGGCAGCAGGCCCUAGGCCUGUGGGGCCAGCCCUUUCUCCUGCCAGAGCCAAACUUGGAAAACAGGGCCCCAUCACAGCCCAGAAAGGUUCACAGUUGGCACUGGUCUUUACAGUCACCCAGAACCUUCUAAGCUGUUAGGUAGGGGAGACCUCUGGCUACUGUGCACGCUCCGCUGAGUUUUGUCUGGAGAACCCUGUGAAGACCCGUGUGGGGGUUGCUGGGGUUUCUAGUGGCUGAGUGAGCCCAGCUGCAGGGGUGGAGUGGAAGGUGAGCUCUUAGACCACCUUGACUGCCACUCCCUGGGCCAGCUCACCCAGAGCAGGAGGGUCUUUGUCCCGUGAUGACUCCCACCUGGCCCUCAGCAGCCCUGCUGCAGGUCCCUCGCUCUGGGCAUCCCAGCCAGCGCCCCAGUGGAUCUUGCUGUGUUUGGGUAGUUGGGUGGGUGCAUGGUCAGGGUCAGCUCGAGGCUGAAGGGGAACCUUAGAGCAGCCUGCCCCCUGCUGGAGCCUGUGAGAGCCUCUACCAACUGAGGGUGCCCCAGGAAUGUACACUUGGGAAUUGCUGCGCUCAGA